GGAGGGCCCAUCUACUCCCGGUUGUCCAACCCGACCACAGAAGCGACCGAGGCCGUCAUCAACGUCAUAGAGAGGGGCGCCGGAAGUCUCACCUUCGCUAGUGGCAUGGCCGCCAUUACCAGUUGCUUUCUAGGUUUUCUGAAAACCGGAGACCACGUGAUCUACCAGCUACCUUGCUACCCCGGCACGGCCACGGCAUUGAAGCACAUGCGCGAUGACUUCGGCGUGCAGAUCAGCUCAGUCACCGACAUCACCGUCCAGGAGGUGGAGAAACACAUCAAGCCCAACACUAAGCUGAUCUGGAUCGAGACUCCCUGUAACCCGGAGCUGGUUGUUGUAGACGUUGAUGGGUUCGGUGCACUUUGCAGGAGCAGAGGCAUCCUUCUGGGCGUGGAUGCAACAUUUGGGAGUCCAGCGCUACAACAUUUUAUCCCUUAUGGGGUUGACUUUUCCAUGCACAGCUGCACCAAGUACAUGGGCGGCCACUCGGACCUGAUCGGCGGUUGUGUCACCACCCGAACUGUGGAACAAUGGCGGGUUCUCAAACAUAUCCAGACCACUUACGGAAAUAUGUUGUCUCCUCAUGACUCCAGCUUGUUACUACGUGGAAUAAAAACCCUUCCCCUGAGAAUGGAGCGAAUCAGUGCCUCUGCCUUGAAAGUGGCUACAUUCCUGGAGCAGCAUCCAAAGGUGGAGAGAGUGCGCUACCCGGGCCUCAAGUCGCAUCCCCAGCACGAUGUUGCCAGGAAACAGAUGACAGCUUACAGCGGCAUGAUCAUGGCGGAGAUUAAAGGCGGCGAGUCUGGGGGACGGACCGUGGCUGAGAAUGUCCGAAUCCUCCGGCUGGCAGUCUCGCUGGGUGGCGUGGAGAGUAUUCUCGAGCACCCCUACAGCAUGACCCACGGCAAGUACAUCUUCACCCAGGAGGAGAUGGUCGAGUCCAGGAUCACUGCGGGCAUGUUGAGGAUCAGUAUUGGCAUAGAAGACCCAGAAGAUUUAAUCAAGGAUUUUGCACAAGCUUUAGAGAAGGUACAGCUCUAA